AUGUCAACGCCACGUCUACACCCUCCACCUGUCCUCACCCUCCACCUGUCCUCACCCUCCACCUGUCCUCACCCUCCACCUGUCCUCACCCUCCACCUGUCCUCACCCUCCACCUGUCCUCACCCUCCACCUGUCCUCACCUCCACCUGUCCUCACCCCUGUCCACCUGUCCUCACCCUCCACCUGUCCUCACCCUCCACCUGUCCUCACCCUCCACCUGUCCUCACCCUCCACCUGUCCUCACCCUCCACCUGUCCUCACUCCCUGUCUCCACCUGUCCUCACCCUCCACCUGUCCUCACCCUCCACCUGUCCUCACCCUCCCACCUGUCCUCACCCUCCACCUGUCCUCACCCUCCACCUGUCCUCCACCCUCCACCUGUCCUCACCCUCCACCUGUCCUCACCCUCCACCUGUCCUCACCCUCCACCUGUCCUCACCCUCCACCUGUCCUCACCCUCCACCUGUCCUCACCCUCCACCUGUCCUCACCCUCCACCUGUCCUCACCCUCCACCUGUCCUCACCCUCCACCUGUCCUCACCCUCCACCUGUCCUCACCCUCCACCUGUCCUCACCCUCCACCUGUCCUCACCCUCCACCUGUCCUCACCCUCCACCUGUCCUCACCCUCCACCUGUCCUCACCCUCCACCUGUCCUCACCCUCCACCUGUCCUCACCCUCCACCUGUCCUCACCCUCCACCUGUCCUCACCCUCCACCUGUCCUCACCCUCCACCUGUCCUCCUCCACUGUCCCCUCCACCUGUCCUCACCUCCACCUGUCCUCACCCUCCACCUGUCCUCACCCUCCACCCUCCACCUGUCCUCACCCUCCACCUGUCCUCACCUCACCUGUCUCCCACCUGUCCUCACCCUCCACCUGUCCUCACCCUCCACCUGUCCUCACCCUCCACCUGUCCUCACCCUCCACUUCCUCACCUCACUGUCCUCACCCUCACCCUCCACCUGUCCUCACCCUCCACCUGUCCUCACCCUCCACCUGUCUUCACCCUCCACCUGUCCUCACCCUCCACCUGUCCUCACCCUCCACCUGUCCUCACCCUCCACCUGUCCUCACCCUCCACCUGUCCUCACCCUCCACCUGUCCUCACCCUCCACCUGUCCUCACCCUCCACCUGUCCUCACCCUCCACCUGUCCUCACCCUCCACCUGUCCUCACCCUCCACCUGUCCUCACCCUCCACCUCCCUGUCCUCACCCUCCACCUGUCCUCACCCUCCACCUGUCCUCACUCUCCACCUGUCCUCACCCUCCACCUGUCCUCACCCUCCACCUGUCCUCACCCUCCACCUGUCCUCACCCUCCACCUGUCCUCACCCUCCACCUGUCUUCCACCUCCACCUGUCCUCACCCUCCACCUGUCCUCACCCUCCACCUGUCCUCACCCUCCACCUGUCCUCACCCUCCACCUGUCCUCACCCUCCACCUGUCCUCACCCUCCACCUGUCCUCACCCUCCACCUGUCCUCACCCUCCACCUGUCCUCACCCUCCACCUGUCCUCACCCUCCACCUGUCCUCACCCUCCACCUGUCCUCACCCUCCACCUGUCCUCACCCUCCACCUGUCCUCACCCUCCACCUGUCCUCACCCUCCACCUGUCCUCACCCUCCACCUGUCCUCACCCUCCACCUGUCCUCACCCUCCACCUGUCCUCACCCUCCACCUGUCCUCACCCUCCACCUGACUUCACCCACCUGUCUCCACCCUCCACCUGGCCUCACCCUCCACCUGGCCUCACCCUCCACCUGUCCUCACCCUCCACCUGUCUUCACCCUCCACCUGUCUUCACCCUCCACCUGUCCUCACCCUCCACCUGUCCUCACCCUCCACCUGUCCUCACCCUCCACCUGUCCUCACCCUCCACCUGUCCUCACUCUCCACCUGUCCUCACCCUCCACCUGUCCUCACCCUCCACCUGUCCUCACCCUCCACCUGUCUUCACCCUCCACCUGUCCUCACCCUCCACCUGUCCUCACCCUCCACCUGUCUUCACCCUCCACCUGUCCUCACCCUCCACCUGUCCUCACCCUCCACCUGUCCUCACUCUCCACCUGUCCUCACCCUCCACCUGUCUUCACCCUCCACCUGUCUUCACCCUCCACCUGUCCUCACCCUCCACCUGUCCUCACCCUCCACCUGUCCUCACCCUCCAUCUGUCUUCACCCUCCACCUGUCUUCACCCUCCACCUGUCCUCACCCUCCACCUGUCCUCACCCUCCACCUGUCCUCACCCUCCACCUGUCCUCACCCUCCACCUGUCCUCCCCUCCACCUGUCCUCACCCUCCACCUGUCCUCACCCUCCACCUGUCCUCACCCUCCACCUGUCCUCACCCUCCACCUGUCCUCACCCUCCACCUGUCCUCACCCUCCACCUGUCCUCACCCUCCACCUGUCCUCACCCUCCACCUGUCCUCACCCUCCACCUGUCCUCACCCUCCACCUGUCUUCACCCUCCACCUGUCCUCACCCUCCACCUGUCCUCACCCUCCACCUGUCCUCACCCUCCACCUGUCCUCACCCUCCACCUGUCCUCACCCUCCACCUGUCCUCACCCUCCACCUGUCCUACCCUCCACCUGUCUUCACCCUCCACCUGUCCUCACCCUCCACCUGUCCUCACCCUCCACCUGUCUUCACCCUCCACCUGUCCUCACCCUCCACCGUCCUCACCCUCCACCUGUCCUCACCCUCCACCUGACCUCACCCUCCACCUGUCCUCACCCUCCACCUGUCCUCACCCUCCACCUGUCCUCACCCUCCACCUGCCCUCACCCUUUCAUCUGUGUCAAUGUGGAUAA